AUGACCUGGCAAUAUGGUCAGACGGCCUUUUCAAUGUCACCGAGCGAGAUGUCCAAAAACGGCGUCAGUAAGAGGGCGUACGACAAUACCAGCACCUCUUCCCCGACUGGCGAUGAUUCAUCGUGGAAAAAGCGCAAGAGUUGCGCGAACUCUCUGGGCAAGGCAGCCGAAGAUGUCAGCUACGAAACGCGCAUCAAGAAGGCUGGGACACCUGGGAAUGGCGUCAUGACGAGGUCGCCUGGCCCGUUAAUUGACGUUAAUGGCAUUGGUCGACCUGACGCCGAAACCAGAGACUGUCAAGAAGAGAAUGAAGAACAGGAUGACGAGCGCCUGGAAAAGAUGCGAGGUGCUGUACGAACUCUGCUAGAGUGUAUCGGUGAGGAUGUCGAUCGUGAGGGACUGUUGGACACACCUUCAAGAUAUGCCAAGGCGCUGCUGUCUCUGACCAAAGGCUACCAAGUCAAUUUGGAGGACACAAUCAACAACGCACUCUUCAACGAGGGCCACAAUGAGAUAGUUAUUGUCAAAGAUAUUGACAUUUGGAGUCUCUGCGAGCAUCACCUUGUACCCUUUUCUGGAAAGAUGCACAUUGGAUACAUCCCACACAACACCGUCAUCGGCCUCUCUAAACUCCCUCGCAUCGCCGAGAUGUUCUCCCGUCGCCUGCAAAUUCAGGAGCGGCUCACCAAGGAGGUUGCCCGCACUGUUAUGGAUAUACUGAAGCCUCAGGGCGUUUUUGUCGUCAUGGAGGCCAGCCACUUGUGCAUGGUCAUUCGCGGCGUUCAAAAGACUAAUGCGAAAACCAUAACAAGUUGCGCGCUGGGAUGCUUCGAGCGCGAGAGCACGAUGCGAAAUGAGUUUCUGAAUCUUGUGGGUGCGAACCGAUAG